GUGGAUAAUUCAUCUUUGACAGGGGAAUCUGAACCUCAAAACCGUACCCCAGAAUGCACCCAUGAGAGCCCCCUAGAAACAAGGAACAUUGCCUUCUUCUCAACCAUGUGCUUAGAAGGAACUGCCACUGGUAUUAUCAUUAACACCGGGGACCGCACCAUCAUUGGGCGCAUCGCCAGCCUGGCUUCAGGAGUGGAGAAUGAGAAGACGCCCAUUGCUAUUGAGAUUGAACAUUUUGUGGACAUCAUAGCUGGCUUGGCCAUUUUCUUUGGUUUCACCUUCUUUGUUGUCGCCAUGGUGAUCGGUUACCCCUUCCUCAAGGCGAUGGUCUUUUUCAUGGCAAUUGUGGUGGCUUAUGUCCCCGAGGGCCUCCUGGCAACGGUCACAGUCUGUCUGUCCCUCACAGCCAAGCGACUGGCCAGGAAAAACUGUGUGGUCAAGAAUCUGGAAGCUGUUGAAACACUGGGCUCUACAUCGGUCAUCUGCUCGGAUAAAACCGGGACGCUCACCCAGAAUCGAAUGACGGUCUCGCACCUUUGGUUCGACAACCAAAUCCACACAGCGGACACUACAGAAGACCAGUCAGGGCAAACUUUUGAUCAGUCCUCGGAGACCUGGCGAGCUCUGUGUAAAGUGGUGAGCCUUUGCAACCGGGCUUCUUUCAAAUCGGGACAGGAUGGUGUACCUGUGCCACGGCGUAUUGUGAUUGGAGAUGCUUCAGAGACAGCCCUACUGAAGUUCUCUGAAAUCACCCUCGGCAACGUCAUGGAGUACCGGGAACGCUACAAGAAAGUCUGUGAGGUUCCCUUCAACUCCACCAACAAAUUCCAGCUGUCUGUCCAUGAGCUUGACGAUCCCAGAGACCAGCGCCAUCUGCUGGUGAUGAAAGGUGCUCCCGAGAGGAUCCUGGAACGCUGCUCCACCAUUAUGAUUAAGGGCCAGGAGUUGGCCCUUGACGAGCAAUGGAGGGAAGCGUUCCAAACAGCUUAUAUGGACCUUGGUGGACUGGGCGAGCGUGUGCUGGGUUUCUGUCACCUCUACCUUCCCCAGAAUGAGUUCCCCCGUGGCUACCACUUUGACAGCGAUGAAACCAACUUCCCCACUAGUGGCCUAUGCUUUGCAGGCCUUAUCUCUAUGAUUGAUCCACCUAGAGCCACUGUGCCAGAUGCAGUCAUGAAAUGCCGUACUGCAGGUAUCCGGGUGAUCAUGGUAACAGGAGACCAUCCAAUCACCGCCAAAGCCAUCGCUGCCAGUGUCGGCAUCAUCUCAGAGGGCAGCGAAACUGUCGAAGAUAUCGCCGCUCGCCUCCGCAUCCCCGUGGAGCAGGUUAACAAGCGGGACGCCCGGGCAUGUGUGAUCAAUGGAGGUCAGUUGAAAGAUAUGGAAAGUGAAGAUCUGGUUGAGAUCCUCAAGAUGCAUCCAGAGAUGGUCUUUGCUCGCACGUCUCCACAGCAGAAGCUCAUCAUUGUAGAAAGCUGUCAGAAAUUG